UCUCUCUCUCCCCUGUAUUUUUUUGGGUAACUUGAAUGUUUGAAUUGGUGAUCACAAAAUCAAGACUUGUUCGUCAGUUGCAAUCUUAUGUGCCUGAUUUCAUUUGUAAACUAUUUCUGUUUACAAUAAAUCCAAGUUGUUUGAUGGGAAAUCUGGUAACAGGCUGAAAGUGAUAGCCUUUCUGCUUUUAGCCAAGAGUACAUGAUUUCUUAUGCCAUUAUAUUCAUCGGACUAAUCCGGAGAAGGUCUUGAAAUGGGAAGAUGUGGAAAUAGGAGAGCCGAAUGAGGGGGAGGUUUGUGUGAAGAACAAGGCGAUAGGGGUUAAUUUCAUCGAUGUAUACUUCCGCAAAGGACUUUAUUAUAAGGCUGAUACAAUGCCCUUCUCCCCAGGUUUUGCUUCAUUUCCAAGUUCUGAAAUGUGGGAAGGAUUGACAUCUAGUCCACUCUUUGAAGGUAUGGAAGCUUGUGGAGUUGUGACAGUCGUAGGACCUGGAGUAACAGGCAGGCGAGUUGGAGAUCUGGUGGCCUAUGUUGGCACUCCGAUGGGGUCAUAUGCGGAAGAGCAGAUUCUUCCUGAAAACAAAGUGGUGCCCGUUCCUCCUUCAAUUGAUCCUAUUGUUGCAGCAUCCAUAUUGCUUAAGGGUAUGACAGCGCAGGUUCUACUACGCCAGUCUUUCAAGGUCGAACCAGGACACACAGUCCUUGUUCACGCAGCAGCUGGUGGAGUUGGAUCCCUUUUAUGCCAGUGGGCUAAUGCGCUUGGUGCAAUUGUCAUUGGAACUGUAUCAACUAAAGAGAAGACAGCUCAGGCCAAGGAUGAUGGAUGUCGCCAUGUCAUAGUGUACACGGAAGAGGAUUUUGUUGCUCGAGUGACAGAAAUAACAUCUGACAAUGGCAUUGAUGUUGUCUAUGAUUCUGUAGGGAAGGAUACCUUUCAGGGAUCAUUGGCAAGCUUGAAGACUCGUGGAUACAUGGUGAGUUUCGGACAAGCAUCAGGUGCAAUUGAUCCGGUCUCACUAUCAGCUCUUGCAGCAAAGUCAGUCUUCCUGACCAGGCCGGCCCUGUUCCAGUACACUGCAGCUCGAGACAAAUUGUUAGAGGUUGCGGCAGAGGUAUUUGCUAAUGUUGCAUCAAGUGUAUUGUGCGUUCGAGUAAAUCACAAAUACGCAUUGUCUCACGCAGCACAAGCUCAUGCAGACCUCGAGAACAGGAAAACAUCCGGCUCGGCUGUGCUUAUUAUACCCUAAAAUUUCUGCCUCAACUGCUGUUCUUUGUGAACAGAUUAAUAUGAGUUGGUUUGCAAAAUGCAAUGAUGUUAUCUCCAACUUUAGUGACAGACAGACUUGUUAAGCAAGCAAAAAAGGCAAUUGUAUUUUUCGCAUUUCUGCUGAAAGGCAAAACUGUUUCUGUCAAACAGCAGGGUAUAUACCACAUAACGUAUGUCUCUCUCAUCACGUGAGAGAGACGUGGUAGGGUGCCAAUGUAACUAGAGUGACGUGGGAAGCAUGCCAAGGUGCCCGACUGGCGCACACUAUUGUUUCUGGGAGUCUCUCUUUUUUAGCUUUCAUGCCAUUCACUUGAAAAUAAUUCAGGAAACGAUUUUCGCACA